UCCACAGUUGGCCGUUGAGCGGCGCAGUGGCAAAUAAGACGUAAAUUCCUUGGUUAAUCAAUUGACUUACCAGAUAGUUAUCUGUGUCCUUUAAAUUUAUAACCUUGAAAUGUUUAUCGUUAUCAUUAACAUAAUCCUUAAUGAAUUUAUUUCCUACGUUAGGAGCGCUGCAUGGAUUUAAAAGUGGUGCAUUUCGUAGCGGCAGUUCUUGUGAAUUAAAGGCGUUGUUUGCAUCAAGUGUAGUUAAGGUCAAUUUAUAACUUAAAAAACAAACUAGUUUUUGUAAGAUUUUUUACUUUGGAUUUUUUGUUUCUAUUACAAAAAAACUUGUGAAAAGCGCAAGUAUUUUAUUCAGAACUGUUAUGUGAUAAUGAAUAAAAUUUUCACAAGUGACAAAAGGGAACUGUUUUUAGCUUCCUUGCUAUACGAUUCAGUCGAAUUUAGACACUUUGGAUCAAUUAAGACGCUAUUAUGUGAAAAGAGGGCAGAUCCGAAUGUUAUCCUCCCCAAAAAGGGAAUUUCAGCUUUUCAUCUUGCCAUCGGUUGCGACAGCAGUGAAUUCGCAAUAAAGGUUACCGCGAUUAUAUUACAGUGCGGUGGUAACCCCAACGUAAGCUCCGAAGAUGGACUCACGCCUUUGCAUAUCGCAGCGGCUUGGGGACGUGCUGACCUUCUGCGCAUGCUCCUCUGUUGCGGUGGGGAUCCGAAAGUUAGAGACGUCAACUUUAAAACUCCCAUUCAUUACGCCUGCGAAGGUGGCUUUUCCGACUGCAUCAAUUUACUCAAGAGUUAUUUGCAUGCCAAAAGCGAAGUUAUGACCGAUGACGACAAGGACUUGUACAGUUUAGUAUUCGAUAAAAUCCUCAUUGAUAACGGUGAAUUCGUAAGGGAACUUAACGUUAUCAAUGAACAACCACCAGACAGUAUUACCAAGCAAGAAACAAAAACCAGAACUGACCUCUUGCUCUUGCCCCAAGCAGACAUGACUGAAUAUAUAAUGAACUGGUUUAACCAGCAAUCAAAUGCGAAAACCAACACUCCAUGUUUACAAAUUCAAGAGAAAAUGUCGGAUAACGGGAACUUCGAUUUCAACGACAGUUCGUUUGACGAAUCCGAUGCUAAUUACGUGAAUGAAAAACGUACUAGUCGUGAAUACAUCACAUUUAGAAAGAUGUACCGCAAAACAAAGAAAAUUGAUGAAAAGGGCCCGAAAAUCUCCAACAGGUCAACUCUAAACCACACCCAGAUCAAUGCUACAGUAUAUCACGACGCUUGUAGCGACACCGCGUUGACGAACCAGAAAAUGGCUGAAUUCAGUGGAUAUUCUAAAGAAAGCGGCAUCGUCACUUUACCAGUAUCGGUGGAUGACGUGAACUACAGCUGGACUGAGCUGGAGCAAAAUGAAACACGGGAAGUAAUAGAAGACAAGCGAGACAAGAGUAGUGAUUACAUGACAUGUUCUCGUGCCAGUGUGGAUACGUUGGAAAGAAAUAUUUUGGAAAUUAAUGACGAUUUGAGUUUGAACAAUGAAAUUACAAAAGGAGUCCAUCAGCUGCACGAAACUCAUUCUACUAAUAACGAUUUGAGUUUCGUUAGUGUUAUUUCUGAGGUUUAUAAAUAUGUUGACAAUGAUGAGGGGGUUGUUUUGUAUGAAAGGCGAUUGCUGAAAACUCCUAGCGAGUGUGCCACCAGCCUUAAAUCCACCACACUAUCUUCUGUAUCAGAAGAGUUGGAUUACGAUACCGACACUUUACGUAAGGAAUUGACUCUACUGGGAUAUAAUCCAGGACCGAUUACCUUGACGACCAAGAAAGUGUAUCUUAAGAAGCUGCAUCAACUCAGAAGAUAUCCUGUCAUAAAAGAGGGGGCGGUUAUUGACCAAAACAAGCGAACAUACUCUAUAGAAUUAGAGAAGACCAUUCGGAAUGCCGAUUGGUAUAAUGAUAUUGUAGCCUACAAAUCUUUGGAAGAAGUUUUAGUCAAAGAGUUUGCCACCCCCGAUGAACACCGAAAAUGGAGGGAAGGAGUCUGUAAGUCUUCUUUCACUUAUCUUCUUUUGGACCCACGCAUUACGAACAAUCUCCCAUGCAGAUCCGAACUGUUGAAGCCCAAAGAGGUGUGGGAAACCUUCCUUUCAGCUAUUUUUUAUGUAGGCAAAGGAAAAAGAAGUAGACCAUAUCAACAUCUUUACGAAGCUGUCGACCUUUGGAAGAAAGGCUUGCCCGUUUCGAACAAAAAGAAAAUACAAAAGAUUUUUGAUAUUUGGUCAACCGGUAGCGGAGUUAUAUGCUUGCACGUUUAUCUUAACACCAUACCUGUGGAGGCGUAUACUCGUGAGGCAGCCAUGAUUAGCGCCUUGACAAUAAAUAGUUUAACCAAUAUUAAAGCUGGUGAAUUCUAUGGGAUCCCAGCGACCUGGUCUCAGAAACAGAAAAAGAUGUUGGGCGUAUAUUUAUUGUACAAAGCAAUGAUGAUCUUCUUGAACGAGGGCGAGAGGCAAUUGUGUCCCAUGGACAUUGACUAAUAUUGUGAUGUAUUUUGAAAAAAUUGUCUUUUUUACUAUUUCUAAUGGAAAUAUCUAUACAA